GGGAAAAGUUGAUACUUGAACAAGUGGUGUGUGUGAAAAUAUAUGUAAAGGAUGGGCUUGGGCUUUUAGAUUAAAUGGGCCUUUUUUAGGCCCAUUAGCUACUUCAAAGUUCAAACUGUCAGGUUCCGAUGCUGGGGCGGGACUUAACUUCCCUCAAAGAUCAAAGAAUUGACGAAACCAGAGAAAGAAACUGGGAAAAUGGACGAGUACUUGCUGAACAGGUGGAAGGAAAUGGGGGUUCAACGGCCCUCUCCAAUUCGCCAUCACAUUCGGGAAACGUAGAAGAAGGGGUCUCGCAGCUCAACGUCUCAAAGAAUUUGAGACAAGGAUUUAAUCGCCUAUCCCUAUCCUAUGCCAGUUAUCCACCCAUGCCCAAACUUUCUAUUACCCAAUAACCUCCCCAACUCGUUCCUCUCCAUCCCAGCUCUUAUCAAGACCUGUAAAACUCCAACCCAUCUUCAACUAGUCCACGCCCAUAUCGUCCGAAGGGGUUUAGAGCAAGACCACUCUCUCAUAUCUCAGUUCAUUUGCCCCUCUCAGGCUCUAUCCACUCUCUCUUACUCUGCCAGCGUUUUCGACCGUGUUUUCUCCCCCAACACUUUUCUAUGGAAUGUUUUCAUUAAAGGGUACUGCCAGAAGUCCUGCUCUGCUGAAACAGUUUCGGUUUUUAUUCACAUGAAGAGAGAGGAGGCUGUUCCUGAUAGAUAUACUUACCCUUCGGUGAUCAAGGCGUGUGCAAGUGAGGGAAAGAUUAGAGAAGGAAGGACCUUGCAUGGGUCGGUGUUGAGGUGUGGGGUUGAGUGUGAUGCGUUUGUGAGUACGAGUUUGAUUGACUUGUAUGGGAAAUGCAAAGAGAUUGGUUGUGCCCGUAAGCUGUUCGAUUAUUUGUUUGAGAGAAAUGUAGUUACUUGGACGGCCAUGGUUGUUGGGUAUGUUAUUGCUGGAGACUUGGGGGAGGCAAGGAAGCUGUUUGAUGAAAUGCCUCAGAGAAACGUUGCUUCUUGGAAUGCCAUAAUUGGAGGGUUUGUGAAAUUGGGUGACUUGGGUAGUGCUAGGAAGAUAUUCGAAGAGAUGCCCAAGAAGAAUGUGGUUUCUUUUACGACUUUGAUUGAUGGGUAUGCAAAAUCAGGUGACAUGGCUUCUGCAAGGGUUUUGUUUGACCAAGCUCCUUAUAGAGAUAUAGUUGCAUGGUCAGCAUUGAUUUCUGGGUAUGCUCAGAAUGGUCAGGCCAGAGAGGCUGUGAACAUUUUUAUUGAAAUGGACUCCUGUAAUGUUAAACCAGAUGAGUUUAUAAUGGUGAGUUUGAUGUCAGCUUGUUCUCAGGAGGGAUGUUUGGAGUUGGCCAAAUGGGUUGAUAAUUAUGUCACUCAAAGUUCAAUUGAUCUUGGUCGAGCUCAUGUUCUUGCAGCUCUUGUUGACAUGAAUGCUAAGUGUGGGAACAUAGAGAGAGCAAAAAACUUGUUUGAACAGAUGCCUAAGCACGACUUGAUCUCGUAUUGUUCAUUGAUGCAGGGACUAUCUAUACAUGGUUGUGGGGAACAGGCCGUUUCCGUUUUCCAUAUGAUGCUAAAUGAAGGUAUGAUUCCUGAUGAGGUGGCUUUUUCAGUUAUCCUGACAGCUUGUAGCCGAUCUGGGCUGGUCGAGGAUGGUAGGCAAUUAUUUCAUUUAAUGAAAAAUGAGUACUCCAUUGCUCCUUCGCAAGAUCAUUAUGCUUGUAUGGUUGAUCUUCUCAGCCGUUCAGGAAGGUUGAAAGAAGCUUAUGAGCUUUUGAGUUCAAUGCCCAUGGAACCCAGUUCUGCUUCAUGGGGCGCACUACUUGGGGCCUGUAAGCUACAUUGUGAUGUGGAGCUGGGUGAGUUAGUUGCCAGUCGGUUGAUUGAGCUUGAACCUCAAAAUGCUGGUAAUUAUGUGCUGCUUUCAAAUAUCUACGCUGCCACAGAUCGCUGGUUGGUUGUUUCACUUGUGAGGAGCAAAAUGAGAGAGAAAUCUGUUAAAAAAAUACCUGGUCGCAGUUGGAUUAGAUCACAUGGCUAAGUGUUGUUUUAGUAACCAUGAAUAAUAACAUUAUUUUCAACUAUUGGUGCUAAGAGCAAGAGGAACCUAGCUGGUGCAGUCUCUUCUGAUGUUUCAUUUCCCAGGCAAUUGUACAAUUGUGUGCAAUUUUGCAUGGUAUACAAGCAGCCCUUUUCUUCAGCUUGUCACUUCAAGCAUAUGAUUGUGUUUCUCUUGUCUAACAUAACCUUGGUAGAUCGUGUUAGAGAACCAGGUUUGCCUAAGGAAUUUAUGUAACUGAAAGAUCCUUAACUCAAGCACUUGAUUUGGGCAACAGUAUUGUCAUUCGGGUCGUUUGUUUUCAUUGUUAUUUCUGGUUCUGGGAACAACAUUAGGUGCCUUAGUUUUAUACAGUUCCAUUCUGUAAUCUUCGAUAAACUGUAUAUAUCUGUUUGACAAAACAAAGCUUAAUAAAAUCUAUAGCCUCCAACUCAGCCAGCA